AUUGUAUUGAGAUAACAGCCAUACACUAGGCAAGCCAAUCUUCCGGCAUUAACCACAUCUGUGCAACGACGUGUACGGAUGCUAGCAUAAGCACGAGUCAUUGGUCCAGAGGACACGUCUCGGGGAGCAUAUCUAACUCAAUGGAAGCCGGAUCCUCGGCUCUAGCUUACUUUUGGAGAACAAAAUAUCACCAUAAGUGGUACACCAUGAGUUUAUUGAAGAUCCCCUUCAUCAUAGCUCAGACCAUUGGCAUCUAUAUUUCGUUCAGUUCUUCUUCUCCGCCGCCUGCACCUGAAGAGAAGGUGGAGCCGCCCAAGUUUGAAGUCAUCAUCCUACGGUUUGAAGGUCUUUGGGGCAAUGAUAUAAAGAAGAUCUGCUCAUUAGCAGCAUCGUCUGUUGAAGUGGCCAGCAUCCUUGCUACGCAUAUGGAUCCCUCGCAGAUUCCAGAGGGCAUCUAUGGCACCAGAGUUCUGCAGUUUUUGCGCGCUCUUCACCCCACGCCAAUCACCCCCGCUUUCCUUGCCGGAAGUCUUGCCGUCACGAUCGGCGGCGGAUUAAGGUUUUAUUGUAUGUCGACGUUAGGGAAGUAUUGGAGCUGGCCGCUCAGCGUCAGACGAGAGCACAGACUUGUGACGAGUGGACCAUACUCUCUCGUUCGCCACCCAAGCUAUACCAGUUUCCUUCUCCAAUAUUUUGGGCUCAUUGCCAUGCAUGGAGAGCAAGGAUCGUGGUUGAGACAGUCUGGGAUUUUACAAGUGCCUUUAGUAAACGUGAUAGUAGCAAUUCUCUUCUUCGGGUUCACGUUAUGUGCUUGGAUGACCAUCAGCCGACCUGCGGUGGAAGACAAGAUGCUCCAACGUGCACUGGGAAAAGAAUGGGAGAAUUGGGCGAAGAGGGUGAAGUACCGAUUGUUUCCUGGGGUUUAUUGAUCACGGGCAUACUGAGUGUUCCGCGGGGUUGUUUCUUUGUUAUACGGUAUCUUCUACGGGGUCCUGGGUCUAUUGUACACGUGUAAUAUAAACCAUAUGGAAGGAUCCGCGUGCACGGCAAGGAUGCUGACCGCCUUAGCAGAUAAUACUGCCCAUGUAUAGACCUAUUAUAUCGUCGGAUCAGACAACGACCAUGUGUAGAAGCAACAGUAACA